CUGCAUGCCGUGUAUCUCGUGAGCGGAGGGCUCUGCACGCACUUGGAAGAGCGCGCAUCAGUGUUAUUGUACUUCAAACCCCUAUUAUCUAGGCAUCCACAGAAGCUGCAGAUAGAGAAGUCAUUCCGUGUGGGUAAAAAUGGGUAAAGAUCCAAGGAAGCCCAGAGGAAAGAUGUCCUCUUAUGCAUACUUUGUGCAAACCUGCCGUGAAGAACACAAAAAGAAGCAUCCUGAAGCCUCAGUUAACUUCUCUGAAUUCUCCAAGAAGUGUUCAGAGCGAUGGAAGACAAUGUCUGCCAAAGAAAAGGGUAAGUUUGAGGAUAUGGCCAAGCAAGACAAGGUGCGUUAUGAGAGAGAAAUGAAAAACUACAUCCCACCUAAGGGUGAGAAGAAGAGGCGAUUUAAGGAUCCCAAUGCGCCGAAGAGACCACCGUCGGCAUUCUUCGUUUUCUGUGGUGAUUACCGCCCUAAAAUUAAGGGUGAGAAUCCAGGUCUGACCAUCGGAGACAUUGCUAAGAAGCUCGGAGAAAUGUGGAACAGCUCAUCAGCUGAGGUGAAGCAGCCCUAUGAGAAGAAAGCUGCAAAGCUCAAGGAGAAGUAUGACAAGGACAUUGCCCUAUACCGCACAAAGGGAAUUGCAGGCUUGUCCAAAAAAGAUGGUGGGGAGGAUGAUGAAGAUGAUGAAGACGAAGAGGAGGAGGACGAGGAAGAAGAGGAGGAUGAUGAUGAGUAGAUUAGCAACUGAUGUAGACUAGGUUCUUGUUCAUGCCAUAAACCCAAUUGUACACGAUUCACAUCUUCAAACGUAAUACAGCAGAAAGAAGAAUUGUUAGGCUGUGUAUAUGCGACGUUUUUAAGAUGUACAGUGUUAUUCUCCUUUUGUAAAGUUAACACUAUGUGUCUUCAGUUUUUUUAUUUUUUCCUUGUUUUUCGUUAGUGGUAGUUCUUGCAAGGAACGGUUUCAGAGUUACACGAAUGAUAUGAAUUUAACUGUUUCUCUGAAGGUGCAUAGCACAAUUAUCUGGUUUAUGUAGAUCUGUAGUGCACUAUCAUAUUCGUUUUUAAAAAUAUUUUUCGUAUUUGCCGUCAUAUAAGGUCCUUUAACUGUACUUUGAAUACCACUCAAAUUACAAGAAUGCAGCUUUGUUUGACAUUCAAGAAUGUGUCUGAAGUAAACAUUUCUUUUUUAUAAAACUGUCCUGUUUGUUUUUCUCCCAUCAUAUUUACACUUAACUGAAGUGCUUGUACCAAUGAUGAGUGGUUGUCUGUGAUCAGAGUUGUGUGACUGGUCCAUGUAUGCAUUGUACUAUGAAACGGUUCAUUGAUAUUGCAAUAUC